UCUCAGAUUCGCUUCUUUCUUCGUAAAAAAAUCUUCACUCACGUUUUUCCUUCUCAUUUCCCGAACUUUUCCCACUCUUUCUCGCCCUUUCCUUCUUCCACAAUCGUUCCCGCAUCAAAAGUCAAACUAAACAUACCCAAACAUACGCUUCCGGCUACAGAAAAGUUCUGGCUUCAGCAAUGCAGCUCCAAAUCUCUGCCUUGCUUGUACCUCAUUUUUUUGCCUGCUGACCAACCCCCAGAACUGUAAACUUGACGAGAUCGAAGGACAAUUUCGCAAUCUAUAAAUAAGUAAUCGAAGCAAUGUCGGGCCCACCGCGAGUCCGGCCGAUGAAUAUCGCCCACUUAGAGUCCCGGCCGGUCCUCGCUCCAGCCGGCAACAAGACCCGGCCCACCGAGCCCCGAAAACCUCUCUCGAAACCCACGAAGAAAUCUGAGAAAACUCCCCAAGAUGUCAAGCACAAGAAAUCCACACCAUCAUCGCCACCCAUCGCCGUACCUAAUUUUCCGCAACGCGAAACGGCGCCGUCCUUACUGAGGCGGCAGGACUCCAUGACCGCGUCGUGCUCGUCGGAUGCUUCGUCCUCUACUACUGAUACGUCGUCGUUGAGCGGGAGGGUAGGAGUGAGGAAGAAGCAAUAUGGGUUGAAGAGGGAAAAGGUUGAGAGGGUUGUUGGUGGGGCUGAUAGUUUGAUGACCGACUCGAUUGGUUCCUUGGAGAGCAGAAAACGGUGUGCUUGGGUUACACCCACAACCGAUCCAUGGUAUGCUGCUUUUCAUGAUGAGGAAUGGGGAGUCCCAGUCCAUGAUGACAAGAGACUUUUUGAAUUGCUCAGCCUAUCAGGUGCUUUGGCUGAACGUACAUGGCCUGAAAUUCUUAACAAAAGGAAUAUGUUUAGAGAAGUCUUUUUGGACUUCGAUCCAAUUGCUGUUUCAAACUUAAAUGAGAAAAAGUUUGUUUCACCAGGCAGCUGUGCCAGCUCUCUACUAUCAGAAGUGAAGCUGCGAGCCAUCAUUGAAAAUGCACAUCAGAUGUGCAAGGUAAUCAUAGAGUUUGGGUCCUUCAGCAAGUACAUAUGGAACUUUGUGAAUCAUAAGCCUAUAGUUAGUCAGUUUCGGUACCCUCGCCAAGUUCCAGUCAAGACACCCAAAGCAGAGAUGAUAAGCAAAGACCUCGUGAGGAGAGGGUUCCGCAGUGUGGGGCCCACAGUUAUCUAUACAUUCAUGCAGGUGGCUGGACUAACCAAUGACCAUCUCAUUAGUUGCUUCAGAUUCAAGGAGUGUAUGAUCAUGGCUGAAGCAGGUGAAAAAGACGGCACCCCCAAGUCUUAAGGUCAGAGAAAUUGCACGAGUCGGGAUGAGCACGAGCUAUGGCUUAUUUGAGUUUCACUUCAACAUAAUAAUUAAGCUCUUGGUUGAGAGCUGUAAAUAUGUUUCAUCACUUGGUGUUUGCACCUCCAUGACAUGGAACGGUUCUAUGAAAGUGUUUUCUCUACAAAUAUGUGCGUGUGGAUGUAAAAAACACCUUAGAAGCAGCUAUGACUGGAAAUGCUCAAAUGACAUGGUUAUUUACAGAA